AUGCUGCGAAUGCCGAAGUUAAAUGAAAUACCUCCGGGGCGGGGAGGCCGGGAGGAGUCGCGGGGGGAGGAGAGCCGGCCUGGACGAGCAGGUCCCGAGGCGGCGAGGCGCGCGCGGGGGGCGCGGGGGCAGGCGGGCGGCGCGGGACCUCCAUGGGACAGCUGGGGAAACUCCAGGCCACCUCCGUGUCCUGGCCUGGGCUGGGAAGGGUGUCGGCCCCUCCUCCUCCUCGCCCCCUCCUCCCAGAAGCCCGCCAUGGACAGCAAGGACGAGGUCAGCGACACGGACAGCGGCAUCAUCUUGCACUCAGGCCCGGACAGCCCGGUGUCCCCCGGGAAGGAGCUGACCCACGCCGUGCGGAAGCAGCAGCGGGCCCUGGAGGAGCGGCUGGAAGCCUGCCUGGAGGAGCUGAGGAGGCUCUGCCUGCGGGAGGCGGAGCUGACUGGCAUCCUGCCUGCGGAGUUUCCCCUCAGACCCGGGGAGAAGGCCCCCAAGGUCCGCCGCAGGAUCGGAGCCGCUUAUAAGCUGGACGAGUGGGCCCUGCACAGGGAGGACCCCCUGAGCGGCCUGGAGCGCCAGCUGGCCCUGCAGCUGCAGAUCGCCGAGGCGGCGCGGCGCCUGUGCCGCGAGGGGAACCUGGGCCGCCAGGUGCGCCGGCAGCGCCAGCACGCGGUGCGCCUGGAGGAGGAGAAGCUGCGGCAGCUGCAGCGCUGCCUGGGCGAGCGGCAGGGGCGUCCCCUACCCGGCCCGGCGCCGGGCCCAGAGCUCAGCGCCUCGGAUGACAGCUCCCUGUCGGAUGGGCUGCCCCGGGAGGAAGAGGCACCUCAAGUGCCAAAACCGCCCCCAGAGGCCCCAGAUCCACCCGCCCGGCCUCUCCCGCCCCAGAGCCUUGAGGGGCUGCAGCCAGCAGGCCCUGAGAUGGGGGGCCUGGAGCGGGCCCCCAUCCAGAACAGCCCUUGGAAGGAGACGAGUCUGGACCACCCCUAUGAGAAGCCCAGGAAGUCUUCCGAGGCUGGAAGCGAGUCCAGCAGCCCAGCCAGCACCCCGCAGGAUGGGCCGAGCGCCUCCAGCCUGUGGCUGCUGGAGCCCGCCUCCUACUGUGUGGUCCCCAUCCGCAGUGUUCCUGGGCAGCGGCAGGGCCGUACCAGUGCCCCAGCCACCCCUGACAUGCAGGGCAGGAGGGGCCAUUCGCAGCCCCUGAGGAGUGACCCCUUCCGCGCGGGCCCCGACGGCCGGGGUCGCAGCGCCCUCCCGCGGCGCCGCCCCACUUACUACACGGUGACGGCGCCGGAGCCCUGCUGCGCUCGCCCCGCGCCCGCGCCGCGUGCCGCCUGCCACUCGUGCUCUGAGGACAGCGGCUCCGAAGCGUCCAGCCUGUCGCACCCCACUCCGCCCGGCAGCAGUAGCCCCGACAUCUCCUUCCUGCGGCCCCUCUCCCCGCCCGCGCCAUCCCGCCCGCACCGCGGCCCCGCGGGCCCCCGGCCCCGGCCGCCCCCCGCCUGCCUGCGGGCUGCGCGCUACGUGGUGCUGGCGGAGGGCCGCCCGCCGCCCGCCCAGUGGGCCGAGUGGGGCCCGGGCCGCGGCGAGGACGCGGCCCCCGCGCGCUGGCAGCGCCCGCCACCCGCCCACGGCCGCGUGGCCCGGACGCCCUCGCUGCGCGACCACCCCGCGGGCCGCGGGCUCAGCAAGGCCGCCGUGUCCGAGGAGCUCAAGUCGUGGCACGAGCGGGCCCGGCUCCGGAGCGCGCGCCCCCACUCGCUGGACCGCCAGGGGGCGUUCCGCGUGCGCAGCCUGCCGCCCGGCCCCGACAGCUUUGUGCGCGCGCCCGGCCCGCGCGGACAGGUGCCCACGGUGUGCGUGCUCCGGAGAUCGCCUGAGGGGGCCCCCGUGCAAGUUUUUGUACCUGAGAAUGGCGAGAUCAUGAGCCAGGUGUAA